CCCGAGUAGAGUCACAUAAUGACUUCAGGACAGAAGUCCAUGGGGAAGCCCGUGGCAGGCGAGUCCCAGAGGUGGUUUAAAAAAGAUGAGAAGAUACCGAAGCCAUCACUGGCCUCGUCGGUUGCUCGCCCACAGCCAGACACCAAGUCUCGUACUGAAGCCGCUGCGGAACUCACAAAGGAUAGAGCUUCUCGAGACAGAAAUCGUCGCAUGUUUGGCGCCCUUCUUGGAACUCUGAAGCGUUUCAAAAAUGAUGAAGCCAAACAAAAGGACAAGGAGGAACAGCGUGCUGCUAUAGAAAGAAAGCUUGAAGAGAAAGGUAGAGCUGAAAAAGAAGAACUUAGACGAGAACGCUUGGAACUCUUUAAUCAGAGGAAGGAGAGGCAAGCACAAAUUCGAAGACUCACAAUCAAAAUGGCUCGCGUGAAGGAGCAUGAGGUUUGGGAGGCCCACCAGAUGAAGCUAACAAAAUUCAUAAGAACAGAGUCCUCUCCACCCAUCUUUUGGUUGCCACGGCAGCACAAUUCCAGGACCACCAACCUCUUGCGGGUUACACACGAUAUUAUCCUGCGUGAACUGGAACAGGAUCGUCAGCGGAUGAAGGAGGAACUGGAAGAGAUACUUGGAACACGAGCAGAGGAGGAUCAGGGCGAGGAGGGCAGGGAUGCACCUGAGGGGGGGGAGACCUACGUGCGCAGGGGGGUCCGCUCAGAGGUCAACAGGCAGGGGGAGGGGGGUGGCAAUGACACUCUCGAUAACUGUCCAGAUUUGUUAGAUUACGAGGCAGAGGAGGGAGAGCUAGUGUAUGAUGAGGCAGACCUGUCAGGUAAGGAUGACGACGACACUGAGCGUAUGGUAGUCCAGGUAGAUGGGCGUGGGGAUGGGGCAAGAAAGGUUGAAAUUGUUGCAAAACAAACUGAGUGUGGGGAGUCUCUCAAUAUAGUGGAGGGGGGUAAUGACAGUGAAAAGGAGAAUGAGGGUAGACAGAAGGAUAGGGAUAGGUGUCGUGAUGAGAGAAACAGAGAUAAAGAGAAGAGUAAGGAAAAGGAAAGGGAUAGAAAGAAUAAAGAUAGGGGAAGGGAAAAGGAUAGAGAAAAAGAUAGGCACAAAGAAAAAGAGGAAAAAGAUAGACAUAAAGACAAAGAGGAAAAAGAAAAGCUCAAAGAAAGAGAGGUAGAGAAGGAAAGGGUUAGAGAGAGAUUUAGUGGGAAAGAUAAGGAAAAGGAGAGAGAAAAGGUAAGGGAUACCAGUAAAGAUGCUGAAAAGGAAAAAACAAAGGAAAAUGACCCUGACUUAGCAACAACAAUAGUUCACAUAAAAAUAGAAAAAGAGGAUGAAGCCAAUCCAGGAGAGUCUAGGCCAAUAUUGAAAAUCAUCAAGGAAGAAAAACCAGACAAACCACCAAGUACUUUGAGGAAGGCUGAAACCACUUCAAAUGAAUGUGCUUCUACUACUGCAGUUACAGAACCUCUACCUCCUCUUCCUCCUCCUGUUUCUGAUCUUCCUCUACCUCCUGAUGGUGCUCCACCUUCCCCAGCUCCUGCCCAAUCCUCUCUGACUCCCGAACUAAUUUCCCCCACACUUGCUCCUUCAUUCUCUCCUCUCUCUUCUAGUAUUGCUCCAGACAUUUCUGAAAUGGAGGACAAAGGUGAAGAUGGUGAAGAGGAGAUGGAAGAGGGUGAGGAGGAACAAAAUUGUGCUUCUGUAACAGAUAUAUCUAUGCCAGAAACAUCUGCUUCUCACAAGGACAAAAGUCCUGAUCCUGAUAAUUCUAUAAUGCCAGAAGAGAAACCACAGGAAGAAAUUAAACCUGCUGAGAAUACCAAAAAAUCUUUGAAGGUCAAACAAAAAGAAGACAAAAAGAAAUCAACCAAGACUGAUAAAUCCAAGAAAGCAAGUAAGAAAAAAGAUAGAUUGGGUAAGAAGAAAGACUCUGGUUCCUCAGAUGAUAGUAGCACUGAUGAUAGCAGUAGUGACACAAGCAGUGAUAGUAGCGAUAGUGAUAGUUCAGACUCUGACAGCUCCUCGUCCUCUUCAGGGUCUUCCUCUGGUUCUUCCUCAGACUCUGAGAGUGACUCGAGCACUAGCUCUAGCUCAGGAACGGGUUCAGAGACAGACCACGAGAAAAAGAAAAGAAAGAAAAGAAGGGGAGGGAGAUUGUCAAGAAGUGAAGAAAGCAGCAGCGAUAGUGAGUCACAUAAGAAAAAGAAAAAAAUAAGGAAAAUUGAUGAAAAGAAAAAAAUGUCAAGUGAAAGUGGGAAACCUGUAAAAGGCAAAAUGAAAGAAGAGGUGCAAGGUGGGGAAGAUAAAACCAAGAAAGAUUUAGGAAAGAAAGAAAGGACUAAGGAUAAAGAUGGGAAAGGAAAAGAAAUGCAUAAAUUGAGGGAGCCAGACAGGGGUAGAGAAAGGGAUGCAGACCGUCGUAGGGAAUGGGCUAAGAAGACUGGCAGGAGCAGGAGCAGAGAAAGGAAAAGGGACAGGAGCAGGGAGCGAAGGCGGGAUAGGAGUAGAAGUAGGGAUAAAGAUAGAAGGGGAAGUAGGAAAGAUAGGCGAUAGUGUAACCUGAUCAUGUGGGGCAAUUUGUGGAGAAGGUAUUAUGGGUAGGAUUUGUAAAAUGUAUAGAAGGGGGUUUAAUUUUGUAGUGAUUGCUGUGUGAUUGUUUACCCUUCCUUGCAAAUCUUCAGUUUAUUACUCAUAUCAGUGACACAUCAGUUUGAAGAGUGUCUUAAAACUAGGCAUGUGCUUUGCAUAUUCCACCUGAGUUAGUAAGCAAGCCAUGGCUGAAUACCUGCACUAAUGAUAAAGCAAUUUUUUGAUGUUCACAUAUUACUAUUGUUGAAAAAAAAGUAAUUGUAAUUGUCUAAGAUGUUUUAAUCAUUCAGUCAUGGUAUCUAGAAUAUCAUGUGUUUGAUCAUUUUUUUUAUAAUUCCAUAAAUACUUCCUUUCCAGUACAUGUUAGAAAUUUUGUGAAAUAAAAGAUUAAAGCAA